AAAGACUGGUUGCUCUAAAUUGAAUGCAUGCAUGCUUGGGAAUUUAGAGGAAAGAAAUUAAACCCGAAUUGAACCGGUUAUAUGAAUUUCCCCAGUUUUUGACCUUCCUCUUCAUUUUUUUUUUUGUUUGGUUGUGUUCGUGGUUAAUUUAGUGAUCUCAUUAUGGGUCGUGCAAAGUUGGAGAUGAAACUAAUCGACAAUGAAAAAUCACGCCACUCAACAUUCAAGAAAAGAAAGGAAGGUUUGUUGAGGAAGAUGCAUGAGUUCACUACACUUUGUGACGUAGAUGCAUGCAUAAUUAUGUAUCCUCCAAAGCAGCAAGAAAACUCCUCAGAAGAAGAAGCCGCCGCUCAGCAGGCAGAGAUAUGGCCUAAUAAUAAUCCAGACGAAGUCUCCCGCUUGAUAAACAUAUACAGAACGAAUUCAAACGCUAGCCAGAAAUUCACCUUGACCGAUUUUUAUCACUGCAGGAAGAAGAAGAUCCGACAAGAACUCGAAAAGAAAUGCAAGAAACGCAUGGAGUUGGUGUACCCUACUCAAGUUGGCUCGACAACUCAAUACUCAGAGACUCAAUGGAGAGUUUUAGCCAACAAUUUGGGCAACAAGCUUGAUAUAGUCAAGCGCAAGAUUGCAUCGAUCAAGGAACCAUUAAUCACAACUCUUCAUCUACAAAACAAGUUUCUUACCUUGGAUGGUGAGUUAUACCCUCAAGAAUCGAAGCCACAAAUGAUCAUGACGAUGAUUGAAAACAACUACAACGUCAGUGUAACAAGAUCAUUUAUGCCGCGCGCAAAAUUAGGUCAAAGAAACAGUACAGAUGAUGAUCAGUUGGGUGUCUAUACUUCUUCUUUUGUGAAUUCCAAUGACUAUCAUAUUCCUCUCCCUCAGUUGUGCUACCGAGAUCUUCACAAUCAUCAAAUGUUGAAUCAUACCAUUCCUGGAUCGGCGGAUUGUCAAGUUCAAUAUGCGUCAUUCAAGCAAGAGAUUCUGUAUGCACCGCCAGGGGAGAAUAAUUAUUUCCAUUUUUCCAACAACGAACACAAGGGAUAA